AUGACGAACGAGCACUCAGUGUAUCAGCCAGUUCUGAAGUCGAGGUACUGUAGAGGUAGUCCUCUGUUAAAAAUUUUCAGCGAGGAGAAUAGGACUUUGACGUGGCGUCAGUUAUGGAUAUGGUUGGCGGAAGCCGAGAAGGAACUAGGGCUGAAAGAGGUGACAGAUGAAAUGAUCUGCGAAAUGACUGAAGCAAAGGAUAAAAUAGAGUGGGACGUUCUACGAAGUGAAGAAAAACGGUUGAAACAUGAUGUUAUGGCACAUGCGUAUGGUUAUGGAAUGGUUUGUCCAAAAGCAAAAGGAAUAAUACACCUUGGCGCUACUUCGUGUUUUGUUCAAGACAACUCUGACCUGAUAAUUCAGAGAGAUGCCAUGGACGUGAUUAUUAAGAAGCUGGCAUUAUGUUUGAAACGCCUAGCAGACUUUUCGGUGGCCAGUGCAGAAGUCGUGACCGUGGGACGUACUCACUACCAGCCAGCAUCAUUGGUCACUUAUGGGAAGAGAGCAGCUUUAUGGAGCCAAGACUUGCUCAUCGUCUUUAAGGACUUAAUAAGGCAAAGGGACGAGAUGCGUUUUCGUGGUACCAAAGGAGCAACUGGAACACAGGAUUCGUUCCUUACGCUUUUUCAUGGUGAUAGCACAAAAGUGGUGGAACUUGAUAAGCUCGUAACAGCAAAAGCAGGAUUUCGUCAUAGGUUUUCAGUAACAGGACAAACAUACACCAGAUUACAGGUCCCUGAAGAUACCACCUUAGACUGUGAUGUGUUAUAUACUCUAGCAAAAUUGGGAUCAGCUUUAAAAAAAAUCUGUUCCGAUAUUCGCUUGCUGCAGGCUUUUGGUGAAAUUAUGGAACCUUUUGAGAGUGAACAGGUUGGCAGUUCAGCUAUGCCGUACAAACGGAACCCGAUGAAGAGCGAACGAGUUUGUAGCCUUGCUCGUGAGCUUAUUAAUGCACCUCAGUUACUUCUCAACACUGUGGGUGAUCAGGGUUUCGAGCGCACUUUAGAUGAUUCUGCAGUGCGAAGGAUGGUGAUUCCUGACUCAUUCUUGACUGCAGAUGCAAUUUUAUCUAUUUUCCAGAACAUUAUCGAAGGUUUAACACUUCAAAAAGAAAAUAUUGCGAUUAUUCUUUCGACCGAAAUGCCAUUUUUAUGCCUGGAAAAAGCCCUGAUGUGGUUGUGUGAAGAAGGAGCUGACAGGCAGGAAGCACAUCAUAAAAUUCGUGAAGUGGCUCUUGUUGCUAAAGAGGCUCAGAAGAGAUCAUCUAUUACCGUUGAAUCCGUUUUGAAUGACAAGUUCUUUGACAAGGCACAUGUUCGAGACAGAGUUUUGGAACUGUCUAAAAAUCCUCUCUUAUUUACUGGUCGUUGUGGUGAACAAGUCAAGGAAUUUCUAAGUGAAGAGUUGUAUCCGGUCAUUAUAAACUACUUGGACGAUGCUAAAUUAAAAGAACGUAUUACUUUGGACGUCUGA